AUGCUCUCGACCAUGAAGUUUGUGGUUGGAUUGGUAUUUCUUGCCGCGGCAGUCGCUGCGCAAGACGACGACAGCAGCGACGGCGACGACUUGGCUUCAUGCCUCAGUGAUUGUAUGGAUUUAGCAGUCAGCGACUCUCAGCAGGUUCAAUCGAAUCAAUUCACUAGCAUCUGCAGGUGCGUUUAGAGCCAUAAAUUUGCUGGAUUUUACAGAUCAAAGGGCACGAUGAUUCGGGCUGGAAAAAAAUAUAGAAAAACUUGUCAGUUAUCCUCUGAACAUUCGCGAUAUAGUAUUCCUAUGAAAUCAUUUCAGAACCUAUGAAGAAACCGCUGAGUGUAUCAACAGCUGUAAUCCCAGCAGUCGGGCUUGGUGGCAAGUUGGGCGCGAUUUGAUUGACAAUUGCAACGCUUUGUUGAACACUGCGAUCAACCAAAAUCAACCUUGCUAUAGGCGAAAUCUCCAGAGAGCUCAGAGCAGUUGCGACAAUAAGUGCUCUUUGGGGAACGGAGUCAGCCUCUGGGACGAUCAGAAUCAAGAUCGCUAUUGUUUGUAAGUUAUAUAGGUGAAGUCGGAAUGAUUGAAUAUGAUAUUUUGUUACUGUCUUCUAGCCCUUGAUUGAUCAGGUAUUUUGUGGUAAAAUAUGAACAUGUAUCGUAUCAAACAAAGUCAAUUUCAGCGCCAACAACUGCUUUAUGGACUGUCUGACCUCCAGUCUGAACCGCGCUUGCGGAACCGCCGGUACCGACCUCGCCAACGUCUUCUUCUCCCCCUAUGACACCAUUUACAACUCUCCGGUCCUGUGGGACAUCUACAACGAUGCGACCGAAGACGUCGAGCCAUGGUGUCGUCCCUACUUUUACGACCAACAACCGGGAACUGGAAACAAUGGCGGGGAUGGAGUUGGAAUCAAUUCCGUUUUAAUUCCCGCUGAUUCCGGUUCCGGAGGCCAGAGCCGUCCGACUUUGCCAGCGAACCAAAGACCAAGCAGGGGUUCGAAAUAA